AAGAGAAGAGAGAGAGAGAGAUACUGUGUGUGUAUAUAUAUAUAUAUAUAUAUAUAGAGAGAGAGAGAGAGAGAGAGAGCAAAGAACAAAACCAAAGGGAUAAAGAAAGGUCCAAACUAGAGAAUAAGUACAUGGUGCCUCUUUAUAUAUUCUGAUCACAUCUCUCUGUCUCUCUCCCUCCGUUCUUCAGAGCUAAAAUUUCAAAUUGUUUGUUUUGUUGAAUUGGAUUUAUCUGCUUCUUCUGGGUGUUUGACAAAUGGGGUUUGUGGAGUGAGCCGUAUUCAUUGGGUUAGAAGUGGGGUUUCAAGAAAUGAAAGAAAGAACGACUAUGAAGAGCAGAGGAGAUCAGCAGGCUUCAAGAAGUGUUAUAUCGCAAAAAUGGACACUUCUAUUAUGUAUCGGCAGUUUCUGUGCUGGAUUACUCUUCACCAAUAGAAUGUGGACAAUGUCUGACUCUAAACUUAUUACAAGACCAACUGCUAUAGAAUCUGAAGGCCUAAAGUUAGUAUCAGAAGGUUGUGAUCUAAGAAAGUUACAGAUGAAGAAUGUAAAGCGAGAUUCGAAACAGAUAUUUGGGGAGGUGUCGAAGACUCAUCAGGCUAUACAGACAUUAGAUAAAACAAUAUCGAGCUUAGAGAUGGAGUUGGCGGCAGCUAGGUCCAUCCAGGAAUCUAUUGUGAACGGGUCUCCGAUAUCAGAAGAAGACACAAGGAGUGCACCUGAGAGGAGAAAGUAUCUAAUGGUCGUCGGAGUUAAUACUGCUUUUAGCAGCCGCAAGAGAAGAGAUUCAGUACGCGCUACUUGGAUGCCUCAAGGUGAAAAGAGAAAGAAGUUGGAGGAGGAGAAGGGCAUUAUAAUGCGUUUUGUCAUUGGCCAUAGUGCCACGGUAGGGGGCAUACUUGACCGAGCCAUUGAAGCUGAAGACAGAAAGCACGGCGAUUUCUUGAGGCUGGACCAUGUAGAAGGAUACCUAGAAUUGUCUGCAAAGACAAAGACAUAUUUUGCAACUGCUGUCACUAUGUGGGAUGCAGAAUUCUACAUCAAGGUUGAUGAUGAUGUCCAUGUGAACAUUGCAACGUUAGGUCAUACGUUAGUUAGACAUAGGAAGAAGAAAAGGGUAUAUAUCGGAUGCAUGAAAUCUGGUCCGGUUCUUGCUCAAAAAGGAGUAAGAUACCAUGAACCGGAAUAUUGGAAAUUCGGUGAGUCGGGAAACAAGUAUUUCCGCCAUGCCACUGGACAGUUAUACGCCAUUUCAAAAGAUUUGGCUACUUAUAUCUCGUUAAACCAACACGUAUUACACAAGUAUGCAAAUGAGGACGUUUCAUUGGGAUCUUGGUUUAUUGGGCUAGAUGUUGAGCAUAUUGAUGAUCGAAGACUAUGCUGUGGGACCCCGCCUGAUUGUGAGUGGAAAGCGCAGGCCGGAAACAUAUGCGUAGCGUCAUUCGACUGGACGUGCAGUGGGAUUUGUCGAUCCGUCGACCGAAUUAAGGAAGUCCACAGACGAUGUGGUGAGGGCGAGAACGCUGUCUGGUCAGCUACAUUCUGACCCAUGUGCUGGUUUUUCUUUCUAAAUAUGGAAAGAGACAAUAAGAUGCAGAAAGUGAAGGGAUGAUGGUUCAUAAAGAAGACCAAAAAACUGUAUAUUUUGACACACCAUUGGAGUGGAGUGGAAAGUUGCCCUGCUACUCUAUGCAACAUUCCUUCAAAAUAUUACAAGAGGAAUGAAGGUAAAAGCAAGAGGCUCCUUGACCCAUUUGUUUUCUAUUUUUCUUUUUA